AUGGACUUGGUCCUAAUUUCAAUAAUACUCGCUGGAAUACACCGUAACACAGGUCUUGUAUUUGAUACCUCGAACUUUUCCUCUAUCGACUUCAGGAGAUGGUUCGGUAAAUACUUGGCUUUUGGAGAAGUGUGUUAUGACAGAGUAGUUUCUCUUUUGAGAGCCAGUGGUUACUUUAAGCAAAGAAAUCUAGUGUUCGAUUACGUGACUAAGGAGGCAAGUAAAGUGGUGAAGGAACAAACGGGAAGAGACAUCGGCGAAUUUAAACAGGACUGA